AUGAUGCCCUAUAUUGACUCCAGUGGUGGUGACGGCCUCAGUGUACCCUCCGGGCAUAUUGGAAAUCCUCGCUACUAUGACGUCCUUGUGCACCAAUUUCUGCGUAAAUACGAGGACCUAAAGGAGAGGUCAAAUGCUGAUCCAAUAGAUGUAGAACAGGUUGCUGGAAGUGACAUUUUGGAAGACCAGGAAAUGCUCAAGAGAAUUGCGGAACGACUGAACUUAAAACCGGAGGGUAUCGUCGUCGUGGCCACUGCUGUGAAAAAGUGA